ACGGAGGUCGAGAGUCGCGGGUUGCCUCACUCUGCGGCUCCCGCCGCUCGGGAGCAGACACGCGGGGCCAAAGACUAAUUUGAACUAUUUUGUUAACAAAAACAAUACAUAUUUGUAAAUAACACUAACUAACAACUGUAAACACGAAACAGUAACAACAGCAACAACACAUUUCUCCUAUAAGGACUCUCUUUAAACCUUAAGACCCGUAAGAACAACCGUCUGUAAAAAAGAAAGGAGGGUAAAGGAGGGAAGGAAGACAAAUAUACGAAGUGAACGAGAGAGGGAGAGAUAGAGAGCGAGAGCGAGAGCGAGAGAGAGAGAGAGAGAGAGAGUGAGUGAGAAAGAGGGAGACGUACGACGAGGUAAUUCCAUUUCCGGUUUCUUUUUUCCAAAAGUAAACGUGUUUGCAACACACGCAAUACACACAAAGCAAUACACAGUAAACAAGAAACAAGUUACAAAAGAGUCGAACGAAUAGAAAAAUCUAUUUUCUCAAGUUAUUCCUCGUUCGGACGGGUGCACGACGCGGCGGAAGUGAAGGAGAGGACGAAACGGAAAUAUAAACACGAAAGAGAGGGAGAGAUCAGAGGAGGAAAAGAGAGGAGAAAAAAAAAAUAGCGCGCGUCGGCUUCUACGGGACGGGAUAAUCGCAUUUUAAGUUCUCUCUAUACUCUGUGUGACCCUUACAUUAUUUUGUCCCUCCGAUGGGGACGGGUUCAGUGUUGUAACUUAGGAUAUAAGAAGAACUAAAGAGCUCCGGAGCGCACAACAAAAAGGGAGAGCAAGGAGAAACUGGAAUUCUGGAAGAAAUAACAAGAGAGAGAAAGAGUGUGUAGUCGUGACCGGAAACGUUCAACGAGAACCAGGAGAAGAGGAUCAAGGCGUGAUCAACAAUCAAGGGAGGGAGAAGGAAGCGACUGGAAGAAGGAAGGUUCACGAAGAGGGAUGGCUCCGGGCGUCGUAUAGAAAAAAAAGAGAAAACAACGGAGCUCCAAUUUUUUAUACUAGAAGAAGAAUCUAACAAAAAAGCGUGAGAGAAAGAAAGAGUCGAGGAAAGUACGAAAGGAGGCCAGAGGAUCGAUCCUGUUUGUGUUUCCGCGUGCACUCCCACGUGUAUCCUUCUACGAGAAACUUGAAAUCCUUGACCUCUUCGAGCCAAAUCUGUCCGCGCGAAGAGAGCUAAAGGAACGAAGUGAGGACCGAUCGGUCCUUGAAAGAAUCAAAAUCACACGCUCCCUUGGGAAGGAUAUGUCUUGCCGUUCCAGAGGGAGUCGUCAUUCGGCUGAGAUCCAACCCUCGCAACGCCGGGGACAACGUCGCGCCGAGUGCCACCCUUACGUCCUGGAUCCCGCGACCGGCAAGCUGUCCUGACGACGAAAAGAGGACCGCCGUCGUCCUUUGAGCUCGUCCUCCCGAUCGAAGGAGCAGCAGCAGACCGCCGUCGUCGUCGUGUCAGGAUCGCGACCGUCCGCUGUCAGGCCGCAGCCGCCGCCGCCGCGAAGAAGAACCCUUCGUACAGGGAUGCCCUCCAGGGCUCAACCGCCGCGCCCUCGUCACUCCUACGUUCAGGAACGAUGACGAUCGGCCACGGCGAUCGGUAAGAUCCGAGCAGUGCGUACACGCGCCACCACCACCGCGGAAAUGGCGGGCUACAAUCAUUCGAAUCCACAGCGUGUCGUCUACCACGCGACCUACCCGACGCCUCUCGCUCCAAACGGCGACCCGAUAAAGCUUCCCGAAAAUCUGGAAACCUUGCCGCGAGCUGAACACUUUCCAACUCAGAGGCAUCGAUGGAACACUAACGAGGAAAUCGCCGCCAUCCUAAUCAGUUUUCAGAGACACGCCGAAUGGCAAAGUCGGGAGGUGAAAGUACGACCACGAAGUGGUUCGAUGUUACUGUACUCGAGAAAGAAAGUACGUUACCGACGAGAUGGUUAUUGCUGGAAGAAGAGAAAAGAUGGAAAGACUACACGGGAGGAUCACAUGAAACUGAAGGUCCAGGGAGUCGAGUGCAUCUAUGGCUGUUACGUGCACUCGGCUAUUCUUCCGACGUUUCAUCGCCGGUGUUACUGGCUACUACAGAAUCCGGACGUUGUUCUUGUCCAUUAUCUGAACGUUCCUUAUCCGGACGGCGAUGCGAAGCUGGCGGCCCUGCCACCUUGUCUCGCGCUGCCGCCAGACAAGAAGGAAUGGACGCGAGACGAGCUAGCGUCGCAAUUAAGGCCCAUGUUCCUCGGCGGAGAUGACGAUCCGAACAAUCCUCAUCUUACGCAACACUCGAACCAUCCUGUCGACAUGAUAGUCUCUCAGCUGCUCGACAGGCAGAGGGCAUCCUCCACUUCCUCUACCAGCAGCACUCAGCUCGCACCUAGGAGACUUACGCCCGACAAUCAGGUCUCUUCGACAACGGGAGGUCAGCAACCGUCGACGACAGCGGCUCCGGCUCCCCGUGUGUACUCAAGACAUUCCCAUUCCACUCAGAGCCAACAGCCGGCUCCUCUAGUUUUAAGUUUGCAACAAAUUCAAGGCGGUGGUGGUCUUCUGAUACUCAAUAGUCAACCAUAUCAUCAUCAGCAACAGCAGCAGCAGCAGCAACCGCAGCAGCAGCAGCAGCCGCAACAGCCGCAACAACAACAGCAGCAACAGCAAUCGCAACAGCAGCAACAGCAGCCUCCCCAACAGCAGAGUCAGCAAGUGGAGAUGCAACAGGUCACCGAGCAACAACUGGUGCCGCAGACAAGCGUAGACCGAGAACAGCAGACGCAACAAGAUAUCGAGGCGCAGGAGACCAUAGACAGAUCCGUCGUGCAAUCGCUGCCGAUCGGCGGUUCCGGCUCCGAGGUGACCGACUUCGCCGAAACGCUGGAUCUGAGUCAGGAGGACAUUCAGAAGACCCUGUCGGCCAACAUGGGGCCCCCGUCGCCGUCGCCUUCGCCGGCGGACAACAGCAUGAUCAAUCCGAUGGACUUUAUCGACUCGUCGGAUGACGUGCUGGUCAACUUAGCCGCGUUCGACAUGUUGUGCGAUUUUCCCGAACUGCACGACUUCGAGGCCGAUCAAACGAAGCACGAGGAACAGCGAAGCGCUCCCGAGAACGACGUCGGAUGUCAUCCUGGUACAACCGUCCAUAUUGCAGAGUAUAGUCCUGAAUGGAGCUACACCGAGGGUGGUGUAAAAGUAUUAGUUGCUGGUCCCUGGACCGGCGGUAGUGGGUCCCAAUCGUAUUCGGUACUUUUCGACGCGGAACCGGUCGAGGCGUGCCUCGUGCAACCAGGUGUACUGCGCUGUCGAUGUCCCGCGCACGCACCAGGAAUAGCGUCCCUCCAGGUGGCGUGCGACGGUUUCGUCGUGUCCGACAGCGUUGCCUUCGAGUAUCGUAGAGCGCCGACGAGCGAACCUAGCCCAGAGAAAGCUCUGCUGGACCGUCUAGCGGACGUCGAGGCCCGUUUGCAGGGUCCCGGUCCGCCGUCUCCCGCAGCACAUCUGGAAGAGCGACUGGUUGCUUAUUGCCAGGAUGCUGUUGUCCGUCCUUGGCGAGCUGGAGCGGAACCUCUUCAAUCCGGCGGGCCUACCCUUCUGCACCUGGCAGCCGGAUUGGGAUACUCCAGGUUAGCCUGUGCACUCCUUCACUGGAGAGCGGAAAAUCCUAGUAGCGUUUUGGAUGCCGAGGUCGAUGCUCUUAGGCAGGAUAGCGCCGGCCUUACGCCGCUCGCUUGGGCCUGCGCGGCAGGACACGCCGACACCGCCAGGAUUCUUUACAGAUGGAACGCUAUGGCGCUUCGCGUGAGGGAUUGUCAGAAUAGAACGGCGACCGAACUGGCCGCGGAGAACGGCCACGCGGCGAUUGCCGAAGAACUGAAUCAGCUCGAAGCCCGAAGGCAAGACGAGAGGCUCUUCUUGCGACCCGCCAGCCCUAGCCCCAGGAGACCAUCUCAAGACAGCGGUCUCGAUUUGGCGUUGUGUGGCUCGCCGCUGCUGGACAACAUGGAGUUGUUGCAAGAGGAUGAGUCGUCUUUAGGCCUCAGCGAACAGGGAAUGGAGAGCGCUCCGACCCCUCAGGAGACCGUAGGGGAGGAAGACGCGAGGGUGCUGACAUUGGCGGAGCAAAUUAUAGCGGCGCUCCCGGAAAGGAUCAAGAGGGCGGAGGGUGAUUCUCCGUCUUCUUCUUCGCCACCGCCGCCAACCGCACCCCUGUCACCCUUGGAGGACGCUCUGAUGGAACAAAUGCCCCUCGACUCCGGAGAACUGUUCGACUCGUAUCGCGACUGCAACGGCGGCGCCGCGUCGAUCUCGGACGCCGACGCCGACGCGAGUCCCUCGAGUCCCUCGAGCAGCUGCCUGACACCGGACUCGCCUUCUCCGCCGCCGACCACCGCCGAUUUCUGCGAGUUUCUGCAGCUGCAGCUGCAUCUCGACGGUAACGGGAACGCGCACAGCGGCGCGUAUUAUUCCGGCGAGCGCAGAUUGAACGGCAUGAUCGGUUCCGGGGCUCUGACGGUUACGAGCGACGGCGGCAGCGAGGCGGAUCUCAGCAGAUUGACGCUGUCCGAUCGCGAGCAGAGGGAGCUCUACCACGCCGCCAGGAUGAUCCAGAAGGCGUACAGGAACUACAAGGGUCGCCAGAGGCAGGAGGAGGCCGAGAGACACGCCGCCGUUCUCAUCCAACAAUACUAUCGCCGGCAUAAGCAGUACGCUUAUCACAGGCAAGCGACGAGGGCGGCUCUGGUGAUUCAGAACAACUAUCGAAAUUAUCGGGCCCGGCCAGGCUCGACCAGCAUCAGGCAACAGGCGGUCCAUCAGCAGGCGGCUCAUCAGGCCGCCCGGAAGAUCCAGCAGUUCAUGCGACAGUCCAAGAUCAAACUGCAGAACGCCAGGGCCGUCGCAAACGGGAACGGGAGGCCGCCAGUGGCCACUUCACGGGCGGCUGCUGUCCCCCAAAGCUCGCCCUCAUCUAGCCCAGGGGCCAGCCUAGUAGCCGCCAGCCAGGAGGUCACCUAGUUGACUGUCAGUCCAACGGCGCGCAGAACGGCGACAGUUCGGUAGCAAAGUAACGUGCAGGAAGAAAUGAGAGUGAAAGGGGAGAAAAAUAGGAAAAAAGCGUAGGUGAAUGACGGGAGCAUACCUCAUCCUAUACGAUCUUGACGAGAUCGUCAGUGACCACUAUUGACUACAACUACUGAGAAAGAGGGUACCAGACGCUCACGACACGGAUGAUACGCUUUACUCUCUGCGUCUCCAUGAUUUGCGUACCCCCUGAAAAAAAAAAAA